AAUUAUUCCCCUAUUUUAUUAUUAAUGGAAUAUAAAUAGAAAAUGUCAAAUGAAACACCUGAGGAAUCUGAAGUCAAUCUUAACCAUGAAAGUUCAGAUUGUACUAAUGAAGAAUUAAAGGAUUUCCAAAUAAACCACAAUUUUCCAGAAACAAACACCCAUUCAGAUGAAGAUAAGACUCAUGAACACAAUCGCAAUAUAAAUGAACUUUAUUCUUCCGAAAAUAAGGAAUUAGAAGAGAAUAAAAAUUUAGAAACAGAUAAUUCUUCUUCAUUUCAUAAAAUUCACAACAAUGAAGAUAAAAACCUUGAAGAAGAGUUGGAUUUACAAGAAUCUCAGCAGACAAAUGCAUGUGUAGAUGAAGUUGAAGAAUUUCAAACUCCAGAAAUCACCCCCAAAGAAAUAUUUACACAAAGUCCGGAUUUUUCAUUUGGCGGUUCCGAAUCCCUUCCAGAUUCUAAUGAAAAUGAACCAGAACAAAAAUCGGAUGAUGCUACUGGAAAGAUUGUAGACGAAACUAAUAAACGGGAAACUGAUCCCGACGAAUCAAAAUCACCAGAACCAAAAUCUGAAGAUGAUUCAAAUCAAUUUUCAGAACAAUUAUCAGAGCCUGCUUCUGAACCUGUUACUGAUCAAUUCUCAGAACAUCAAUCGGAACAGUUACAAGAAGAUUUAUCAGAAACAGUUUCAGAACUCAAAACUCCAGAGCUCCUAUCUGAGCCAUAUGAAUAUUCUGAAUACAACAAAAGUAACCCACCAGAGGAAUUUGAAGAGAGAGAUUCAUAUGACCAGGACACUUCGGAACAAUUAUCUGAACCCGUUUCUGAGCCAGUUUAUGAACAAUUAUCAGAACAGUUACAAGAACAGUUAUCAGGACAAAUCUCGAAACAAUUAUCGGAAACAGUCUCAGAACCUGUUCCUGAACCAGAAGUCCCAGAACCGCAACUAACUCGUACGGAAUCUAAGUCUAAACAUCACAAAAAGUUUAAAUCUACAUCAAAAACAUUCGAGUCACUGUUCCACAAAUCGUCUAUCGGUAAGUCAAGUAAAUCAUCGAAAAGUAAGAGUUCAACGAAAUCAGAAACCAGCCCCUCAUCUAAGGAUGUUGUUGUGACGAGCACCUCAUCUUACACAUCUUCAUCUACGAAGAAGAAAGAUAAGGGGCCAUGCUGGACAUACUAUGAAAUACCAGGAAAACCAGGAAGAAAGGGCCCGACUUUGGGAGUUUUUUGUGACUCAAUGAAAUCAAGUAAGAGCUAUCAGAGGACUGAGAGCAGUAAGGACCAGAAGUGCAUAGUUCUACAGACUCCAGAUUCCCUAGAAAGAUACCUGCACCCAUUUCAGGUUGUGUCAAACUACUAUUUGAACCCAAAUUACAUUAAAUAUUACAGCAACAGCGUGAAUAUGGAAGAUUCAGUGGUGAAUACCUACUACUACACGAACAUGAUGACACAAAGAAAGAGCCUUUUCCCAUAUUCCGUUACGAAGACCGUAUCUGGCAACGUGCCAGGAAUGGGAAGAGUUUUAGCAUGCGGUACCCAGUGUGGGAAAAUAAUUAUAUAUUCAUUUUUCACACUCGACGAGCUGAUAGUUCUUGAUACGAGGACGGUGUAUGACAGAUACUUAUCGAGAGAAAACUCACUUGAUUCUGAAACUGAUUUUGAUAUUGAUAAGGCUAUAGACUCUACAUUAUUUGAAGUGAAUUCACUGGCAUUCAUCACAACAUUUGAGAAUUAUAGCACAAUUCUAGCCAUAGGUAACCACUUAGGUCACCUGCUACUGUACCAAAUACCUAAAAUGCAACUAAUCAAACUUAUAUACCCCUCAAAUAUGACAAACGCGAAUGUGUACUGCAGUUCAUACUCUUCAAAUACACUCACUUCGAGUGUGAGCUUGACCAGUUCCUGCACUGAUGAAAGCGAGCCCGACUCUAUUCUGAUAGACGAUCUUGAGCUCUCAAAAAUUAGGAGACAUAAAGUGCUGAAUACAAAUAAUCACCAAGAUUCCCAAUCUCAGACUGACGAAGUAGCUUUUAUUACAUGUCUGGGCUACUGUCCCACCACAGGAGACCUCUGGGUCGGCUACGGAAAUUCGUCGUUUGCAAUAUACUCCAGUAGCUUUAAGCUUAGGAAGUUUUAUUCCUCAAACAACUUGUUGGAUACGAACAAUAACAUAGUGAUUGAUGACAACGUAUAUGGAGUAAACAAUUUCGAGUACUGCACAUGUGAGCAAAUUGUUUUGGUCGUUUAUGGGAACGUGAAGGUUGACAUAUUUACGUUUUCAGGGAACUUUCUCAGCACCAUCAGUGCCACAAGGCUAACCAACACUACUACUCCGAUCUCCUCAGUGCAUGUUUCUAACAACUCUAAUGGCAGUAUUCUAUAUAUAGGGCUGAUGGACGGGUCUCUGCUUGUAAAACAGAUUUUGUACAAUACUAACUCCAACAAUAACAUUUCUAAAGAAAAUGGAAACCAUAAUGAUGGUUUGGAUGAGCUGCUCAUCAACACAAUUGAAUUUAUUUUACUCUACAAGUUUAUCUACAAGUUCGAUGGAGAAAUAAACUCCGGAGCCCCUGUUUCAUGUAUUUGUCCUGUUCCAUCUCAGCAGCUUGUCUUGCUUGGAGACGCAUCAGGAGGUCUAUCUGUCAUAUCUAACUUGAGUAUAUAAUCUGUUUUUAUAAAAUUCA